UUAUGACAAGCCCAGUCAGUCUCUCUGACACAACAGAAACUUCCUCUAAAGCUCCCACUCGACGAGGAAGAGGUGCUGGGGGUGGAGAUCGGGAGGCUAGGAACUCAGCCCCUCUCCCGCUGCGGCACACAACAGCCCUGAGAUCUGUCUCUGUCUGCCUCCUCCACCCCAGCCCUCCGACUGUCACUGGACACCCAAUGGGCACUCUCACUCUAACCCCGGCCUGUCUGACAGUGUUCACCACUUUCUGGUGUGUUCAUGGAUUUAACCUGGAAACGGAUAACCCAGUAACCUUCACCGAGGAUCCCCAGUCUCAGUUUGGACUCCGCGUGGCUCAGUUUAACGCAAACAGUCAGAAAUGGACGCUGGUGAGUGCCCCCCUGCUCCAGGAUAUCAACCGAAAUAAAACGGGAGCCAUCUUCAAAUGUCUGUACAAUGAUCGACUGUGCACCAAACUCAACACUCCAGUCGCAAGUGGAUCCGAGAAUAUGGGUCUUUCUCUGACAACUGGUAACUCAAACGGACCAAAGUUUCUCGCCUGCGUGCCCCGAUAUUCCUAUUACUGCUACACCAACACCUACAUCAACGGUUACUGCGAAUUGUUCAACCACCAGGGAACCGUCACAGAAAGAAUCCCUUCCAAGCUGCCAGUGUGUCCCAAGGUCUUGGUGGACAUCGCCUUCCUCAUUGAUGGAUCUGGCAGUGUGAACAGUGUGGACUUCCAGCAGAUGAAGGACUUCAUCAAGGAGAUCAUGAGGAAAUUCCGGAACGCGGAGACGCAGAUGGCGCUAGCUCAAUUCAGCCACAACGCGCGGACAGAGUUCACCUUUAACGGUUACAAGCAGGCUUCGGACAAGGAAAGACUGGUCAAUAGGAUUAGCCAAAUCAGGGGAGGGACGAACACCCCAGAUGGGAUCAACUACGUCACGGACAAUAUUUUCACCAAUUCUGCGGGUGCACGGGACGGAGCCAAACGUAUUCUUAUCACGAUCACCGACGGAGAAUCUCAGAACAGAUAUUUUCAAUCAGCUAUUGAUGCAGCAAACCGCAAACAAAUCCAGCGGUACGCCAUCGGGGUUGGCUCCGCCUUCAGUCAUUCUGCUGCUUUGAACGAACUGAAAACCAUUGCGUCCAAAAACGAAAACGUGUUCCAAGUGAAUAACUUUGCUGCUCUUGAUGGAAUCCAGAAACAAUUGCAAGAGAAAAUCUUCGCCAUCGAAGGCGCGUCGGGUCCUGGAACCUCGGCAUCAUUCCAGCUGGAAAUGGCUCAGGAGGGAUUCAGCUCCCUCAUUACCCCCAGUGCCAAAGUGCUCGGGGCAGUCGGUGCCUACGAUUGGUCAGGGGCUCUCGUCGAAUUCAGGGGGUCGUCACGUAUCAUGAUCAACUCAACUUUGCAAAAUACCAACGUGAAAAAUGCCUACUUGGGAUACACUGUCAAAGAAGCGAAAAAAGGCAGGAAGUCUUUCUAUGUCACUGGCGCACCCCGCUAUCAACAUAAGGGACAAGUGUUGAUCUUUGAGAGUCGUAUUUUGAGGGAUAAUAUUGUCGGCAAACAGAUUGGCUCGUAUUUCGGAUCGGAGGUGUGCCCGGUGGACCUGAACGGAGACGGGCAGAGUGACCUCCUGCUCGUCGGCGCUCCCAUGUACCACAGCCCGGGGCACGGCGGUAUGGUGACCGUGUACACCAUGGACUCCAGAGGUACGUUGAAAGAGGUCGGCUCACUGCAGGGACAGACAGGUCAGACACUGGGAAGAUUUGGGAGCGCUAUCGCACAGCUGACAGACCUCAAUGGGGAUGGUUACCGAGAUGUGGCGAUUGGAGCGCCCCUGGAGAAUGCCCACAGCGGUGCCAUCUAUAUCUACCACGGUACCAAGGACCGUAUCAAGCAGACAGCCAGUCAGAGAAUCGAGUCAAGCGUAGUUGGAUCUGGACUUCGAUACUUCGGGCAGGCCAUAGAUGGGGCAAUGGAUAUCAGCGGGGAUGGGCUAACAGACAUCACCGUGGGAGCACAGGGAAAAGUCUUCAUUCUGAGAUCAAGGCCGGUGAUGGAAGUGACGGUCAGCAUGACGUUCUCUCCCAAUAAGAUCCUGCUAAAACACGUGGAUUGUACGGAAAACAGGAAUGAACUGAAAGUAGACGUGGAGAUAUGUUUCAAAACCAAGCAGCUAACAACGCAAGUACAAGGUACCCCAUCCCUGAAUAUCAGCUUCGAGCUUAAGUUGGAUGAACAUCGCAAGAUCGAAAGAGCAACACUCACCAGUCAGACCAAAGGCAUCUUUCAGCUCACAGCAAGUCAUUGUGAGACACCAACCAUCCAAGUAAAAAACUGCAUCCAGGAUUUCCUGAAUCCCAUUGAGUUAAACGUAGUCUACACCGGUGAGGGCAUGCAAUCCAAUAAUAAUCCAGCACCCAUCAUCCAGUCCGGAAACACGGGAAAUUUCUUGGGAGACACUCCCUUCACAGACCGUUCCCAUCUCUUCCACUCCUCUCUGCCACCAGCCGGAUUCAUUCUUCCUGUUGACCAACCACGACCUGUCUUCCCCAGGAGGAAAACGAUGUCCCCAGUCUCAGGUGAAUCCCUGCAGCUCGUGUACAUUGAGAAAGAUGCGUUGUUCCUCAAUGAGGAUGCUUUUCAAAGCUGUUUCUUACGAGAGGAUGUGAAGGAUGGUCCAGUCUGUCUGAUUUCCAUCAUCGGGGAAGAGAGGAAAGGAAAAUCCUUUCUACUCAACUAUCUCCUUCGCCGGCUCCGUCAUCUGUCACAAGAUUUCUAUGAACAGCAGAUAAACCACAGCAUGUUGACAUUAAUGUCACCAUUUUGGUUAGCUCAGUUUGCUGGACAGCUGAUUUGUGAUUCAGAGUGA